UUUUGGUUAUUACCGAAUAUUAUAAUAACAAGUGAACGGUGCUUGUGGCAAAGUGAUAACAUUAUUCUGUCUCGAUUAACUGCGACGAUUGAUAAACAACAGUGGUGCGCGCUCAGACAAACACGGCAGGCGCCGGGCUCAGCUCGGGUCAUGCAGGGCUUGCGCGGCGCGGGCGCAUGAUGCGUCGCGCGGGUGGCUGGGUCGCCUGGCCAGUGGCGGCGUGCGCGCUGCUGCUGGCUUGCGACCGCGCCGGGGCUGCUGACAUGUACGCCACUGGCAUAUGUCCAUCGAUGGACAUCCGAAACAACCCGGACGCGAUGGAGAAGCUGAGCGCGUGCCGGGUGAUCGAGGGUUAUCUCAGCAUCGUGCUCAUGGAGCGCGCCACCAGCGCCUCCUUCCAGAACGUCAGCUUCCCCAAGCUGCGGGAAGUCACUGGCUACAUACUGAUAUACAGAUUGAAAGGCGUACGUAACCUCGGCGACCUGUUCCCGAACCUAUCUGUGAUACGAGGCAUGCAGCUAUUCAUGGAUUUCGCUCUAGUUAUAUUCGAUAGUGGCCUUGAGUCCGUAGGACUUCGUUCUUUGACGAGGAUAGAGCGAGGGGCCGUUCGCAUCCAGAGCAACGACCGGCUCUGCUACGCUAACACCAUCGACUGGUCCCGGAUUAACGACUAUUCGGAUAAUAAUAUCAUCAGGUCAAACUACGACACGCGUCUAUGCGGCCUGUGUCCGAACGCGCAGAGUCGGAUGAAGGACCUCAAGAAGAACGACUUUCAGUGCCCGGCGGACUUUAUGGGCCGUCUACUGUGCUGGGACGACAAACAUUGUCAGAAAAAAGAUUGCCCGGCGAAGUGCAGCAACCACGCUUGCAUGGACGAUGGGACUUGUUGCCACCACACGUGUCUCGGCGGGUGUGACGGGCCCACCGCGCGCGAAUGCCACGUUUGCGCCAACUUCUCCCUCGGCUACCAUGAGAACCGCACCUGCGUUGAGAGGUGUCCCGGCAACACUUAUGAGUUGUCUAAACGCUGCGUGACGGAGCACGAGUGCCGCACAACUCCGCCGCCGCAGCAGGACGGCGCGGAGCCGGACAUGCGCGCGCCCAACAUACGCGCCUACAAGCUGCUGCACAACCGCUGCGUCUACUUCUGCCCCAACGGAUAUAUGGAGGUCGGAGACAGACAUAACUCCACAUGCCAGCUGUGUCCGAAAAAGGGUUGCAAGCAGGACUGCACGGGCGGCAAGAUCCGCUCCGUCACCUCUGCUGAACGGUUCCGCGGGUGCACGCAUGUCAGGGGCUCGCUGGAUAUAUCACUUCGGACGACCGGCGGCGGUAACACAAUGGCUGUGAUGGAGCAAGCGCUGGGCGAGAUCCGCGAGAUCUCGGGCAUGCUGCGCAUCGUGCGCUGCUACCCGAUCGUGUCGCUCAUGUUCCUGCGCAACCUGCGCGUCAUCGGCGGCCUGGAGACCGACAAUAAAGGCCAGAGCCUAUACAUAUUCAACAAUCCAAAUCUAGAGUUGCUAUGGAAGUGGUCGACCCACGGCAACGUAACCGUCCAGAGGGGCAAACCGUUCGUGCACUUCAACCCUAAGCUAUGCUACAAGAACAUAGAAGAGCUUAAAAACAUGAUCCACGAUCCGUCGUCCACUUUCAGCGAGAUCGAAGUGUCGCGCGACAACAACGGGGAUCAAGCAUCUUGCUACGAAGAGAUGCUGCACCUGAACGUCCACGAGCUGCGGCAGGACUUCGCCAUCCUCACGUGGAACAUGUACUGUAUCGACGACAUGCGCAAGUUGCUCGGCUUCUCCAUCUACUUCGUGGCGGCUGACCACAACGUCACGCUGUAUGGCCAACGCGACGCUUGCUCUGACAUAUGGAACGUUCGAGAUCAAACGAUCGAGGAAGUGUUGAACCGGACCGAUACCCCGAAGAACAAGGAGAAGAAGGUGGUGCUGGAGAGCUCCUGCAGCAAGGUGCAGCCGCUGUUCUAUCCGAUCACGAACCUGACGCCCUUCACGCGGUACGCGGCCUACGUCAAGACGUACACCACGCAGCAAGACAAGCGCGGCGCGCAGAGCCCCAUCAUUUACUUCAAGACCCUGCCCGGGUCUCCCAGUCCGCCGGUCGGGCUCAACGUGGAGACGCUGAAGCAGAACUCCGCCACCAUCAAGUGGCAGCCGCCCGCCAUGUCCAACGGCACCAUCGCCUUCUACCACGUGGAGGUGCAGGCCAACCACUACAACCGGCCCAAGAUACUCGCGCUCAACGUCGACUACUGCACCAAUCCGAACGCGCUGGUGAACCUGAUCGCGGUGCGCGGCGAGGAGGGCGCCGCGGGCGCGGGCGCGGACAAGAAGGAGCAGUUCCUGACGGGCGAUGUGAAGGGCGACAACUGCGUGUGCCGCGAGGACUCGCGCCCCGCCAAGCGGUUCAGCUCCAUGGCGGAGGAGGAGCGCAUGGAGACCAUCGACUUUGAGAACUCCGUGCAGAACCUGGUAUACAUAAAGAAGACGAUGAACGAGUCAGCGUCGACGCGCAUCCGUCGCUCCAUCGACGCCAGCGUCGACAGCAUGCUGGUCAUCCUCAGCGCCGCCCACAAACCGUCCUUCGGCAGCAACUACACCAACGUCACCGACGGAAAGUACGUGAAGAGCCGGUUCUUCGACCUGGAGGGCACCACGCGCUCGCUGACGGUGGACAACCUGCGCCACUUCACGUGGUACACCGUCAACGUGUGGGCGUGCCGCGAGAAGCACGAAAACGAGACACAGACCGACUACGUGAUGACGUACUGCUCCACGCGAGCGCACUAUACCUUCCGCACGCUCGAAAAACUGAAUGCGGAUGUGGUGCAAAAUCUCAACGUCGCGAUGGUGAAUAAAACGGUGCCCGAACUGAACGUGACGUGGCUGCCGCCCGAGGACCCGAACGGUUUCGUUGUAGCGUACAGCGUGCGAACUACGCGCGUCGAAGAUGGUAAUCAGGAACUGGGCCUGGCGAGCUGCAUCACAGCGGAGGACUACGAGGCGAUGGGGCGCGCCAUGGUGGUGCGCAACCUGGUGCCGGGCAACUACUCCGUGCGCGUCAAGCCGCUCACGCUCAGCGGCGCGGGCAACAUGUCCAGCGACUUCUACGUGUUCAUACCGGAGCGCUCGGCGGACAUGAACUACGGCUGGGUGUGGGGCGUGGUGGGCGGCUGCGCGGCGCUGAUGGCGCUGGUGGCGGGCGGCGUGUGGUACGCGCGGCGCGCGCUGCUGCCGCUGGCGGAGACCAACAAGCUGUUCGCGACCGUCAACCCGGAGUACGUGUCCACCGUGUACGUGCCCGACGAGUGGGAGGUGCCGCGCGGGCACAUCGAGUUCAUUCGCGAGCUGGGCCAGGGCUCUUUCGGCAUGGUGUAUGAAGGUAUUGCGAAGGACAUUGUAAAAGGCAAACCGGAAACUCGAUGCGCUGUGAAAACUGUCAAUGAACAUGCCACUGACAGGGAGCGCAUCGAGUUCUUGAACGAGGCGUCGGUGAUGAAGGCGUUCGACACGUUCCACGUGGUGCGGCUGCUGGGCGUGGUGUCGCAGGGGCAGCCCACGCUCGUGGUCAUGGAGCUGAUGGAGUGCGGCGACCUCAAGACGUACCUGCGCUCGCACCGCCCCGACGCAGACUCCUCGCUGCCCAAGAAGGGCACCACCAACGCGCCGCCCACCAUGCAGAACAUACUGCAGAUGGCUAUAGAGAUAGCGGACGGCAUGGCCUACCUAUCGGCCAAGAAGUUUGUGCACCGCGACCUGGCGGCGCGCAACUGUAUGGUGGCCGGCGACCUCACCGUGAAGGUGGGGGACUUCGGCAUGACCAGAGACAUUUAUGAGACUGAUUACUAUAGGAAGGGCACCAAGGGCUUGCUACCCGUACGGUGGAUGAGCCCUGAAAGCUUAAAAGAUGGGGUGUUUUCAAGUAACACCGACGUAUGGAGUUAUGGGGUUGUGUUAUGGGAGAUGGCCACGCUCGCUAUGCAACCAUAUCAGGGGCUAUCAAACGAGCAAGUGCUGCGUUACGUGGUGGAGGGCGGCGUCAUGGAGCGGCCCGAGCACUGUCCCGACCGGCUGUACGAGCUCAUGCGGGCUUGCUGGGCGCACCGCGCCAACCAGCGGCCCUCCUUCCUGCAGCUCGUGGCCAACCUGGCGCCCACCGCGCAGCCCUACUUCCGCCACCGCUCCUUCUUCCACACGCCGCAGGGCCAGGAGAUGUACGCUCUGCAGCGCACCGCCACUGUGGAGGAGGAGAGUGAGUCGGCGGAGGUGAACGUGGGCGCCGUGGCGACGGGCUCGGGCUCCAACCUGUUCGGCGUGUCGGGCCGCCUGGCGUCGUGGGUGCGCGAGCUGCCGUCGCUGCGCUCGCGCGCCGACGACGACGCCGCCGCCGAGCCGCUGGCGCCGCCCGAGCCGCGCGCCAUCCCGCUCAAGCGCGCCGGGCCCAACGGCGUGCUGCGCGAGCCCGCCUGCUAGCCGGCCCCCCGCCCCCGCACCGAUAUCUACCUCAGGCCGCGGCGCCGCCCGGCUCUUCGAAUCCUAGUGAGCGUAGCUACACCGCGCGCCGCCCGACCCGGCGGCCUCUGCAUUUAUUAGUACAGGAUCCCGAUAUGAGACGACCUUCACCCAUCUGUUUAUUGGAUGAAAUUAUUUUUAUAUGAAAUUAAAUAUAUUAAUAAAUAUAUUGCUAAAGGGUUACCUAUAAAAUUCAGUUCAGAAUAUUUUGUCUUUUUUACUUUUCACUGGUUAGGUUAAUAGACAAAUUCCUAAAAAAUAAAAAAAGUACGCAGGUAUAACAGGUAAAUCUGUAUUAGUAACUAACACUGACCUAUCAAUUGGAUUAAAGUUAAAAUUUCAUUACGAACACGGUGUUAUAGGGUAGUAUGCAAAAAAAUUGUCCUAGAUUUCGGACAUCAUCAUAAUCAUUGGCAAUAUAUUUAUUGACAUGUUUAAUUAGAUAUAAAAUACUUUUCAUGCAGUAAACAGAUGGGUGAAGGUAGUUUCUAAUUCGGAUCUUAGACUAUAUCGCGUCGAGCGCCGCGCGGGCCGGACCGAAUCCUAUAUAGUUUACCUCACUAAUAUAGUUGUAUCGAUGUCAUUUGUGACGCAGCCUAUUAUCGUUAAGUUUACCGUGUAAGCUGUAAAGUGUGUAUAGUACGUGACGUAGCGUGGUGGUGUACAAAUUACUUUAGUUCGUUUAUAUUUGACCGCGAGACUCGUAGUUAGCUUAAGGUUUUGUUGUUGUGAGCGCUUUUUUUGAAAGCGCGUCGCGUCGCUCGCGGCCGCCCGCUGAUAAUACUCAUAGGUCGAUCGGCGUGUCGUUUUGUUUGUCGUUUCUAUUGUUAGUGCGAGAUCCGGCAUAUGGAAUAUAUACUCUCAUCUGUUAUUUAUUUGAGAUAGAAAAUAAUAACAAAUGAGGGUAUAUAUUUAUAAUGUCGGAUUUUAGACCAUAUGUAAUGAGGAAAUAAUUUUCAUGGAUCGGAUUUAGCCACCGAAGACUUACCAAUCAAAACGCUAAAUUAAGAUUUUGUUAUACUGUAUUUAGAUACGUUAUUAUUUUGUACGCGUUGUGCAAUUAAAUCGAAGGCGACCAUUCGUGUACAUAAGACGUAACUGAAAUCGAUGUGUUCCGUAUCAAUUACAAUGCAAUAGAUAAUCUGCCAUUGUUGUUACAUAGUCGUUAUAUAUGAUAAUUUUACGAUUAUAGCGUAGUGUGAAUUACCUACUCGUAUACUCCGUAGAAAAAUCUAGUCGGUUCGCUAGACCUUUACUAAACUGACAACUGGACUCGUUGUUCGUAGAGCUACGAUCGAUUUAGUUGACUAAAUCAUUUGUUAUCCCGUUAAAGCUCACCAGUGACUUGUGCCCGCGCUGUGACACCUUUAUGCCUAAAAUUCGCCCACGACAUAUCUCGAGAAGAGAUAAGACAACCGUCGACCAAUAGCGUCGCAAAACAAACUUCACUCCCACAGUAAAUAAUUUAUGAUCAAUAAUUAGAUUAAUUACAACACAAAACUUUAUUGCACAAAAUCACUAACGCAACUAGCAGCGUGACGGCGUUCGCGCUACCUAACAAAGAACUGAACUCAAGUUAUCAAGUACCCUCUUAUUUAUACACCGUUGCAACACAUACCUCCUUUUUUAAAAAAUAAAAAUAAUUAAUGUUUAUAUCACCCAUACUCGAGGAAUUCGUAACACUGGGGUUCAUGGAUUUAGGAGGCACCUAAUGACUCGUCUGAGACUUUAUUUCAAGUACCUUAUACUAAUUUUCAAGUAUAGACAAUUUGUUGUCCACAAAUCGUAUCAGAGUCCACUGUAGUGAUCACUUGGUGGUAUCACUUUGAUGUUACUUCGGUUUGAUCCAUAAGUCAAAUGCCCCUAUUGACUCGGAAAUUCUCGUAUCCCUCUACAAAACAGGGGGUAAACAAGUAUACCUUUGGUAUAAACAUUAUAGAGCCAUUGUGGACCUUAUAUCUCUAAUAAUACGGUCCUCCGUAACAAUAUUUUUCGUCUUUCAAUAUAUUUGUCUUUUUCUCGUCUGAGAUAUGUCGUGGUCGUAUCUUAGACCUGCUGCACGCUCGCUUUAUAACAUUACAAAAUUUAGUUACCAUUGUAUUGUACAUAUCUGUUGUAUUGAAAAUACGACUUUAUGAUGAGAAUCGUUAGAUCAAUUUUACUUUGACGUAAUAUAACUUUGAUACUCGCCUUGUGUUGCGUGCAGUUGUCGCAGCGAGGACAUUAGCGCCGCGGUCUAUACGCGUCGAGCAACGGGAAGCAUGUAUUGAUGCUUUUACAGUAAUUCAUUAGAAUAAAGAGUUAUAUUCGAAAUUUUUAAUAAAAAAAAAUUUAAAAUAGUUAAAGAUUUUAAAUAAUACAAUUCUUUAUUAUGUAAAAUAUACGCUAGACGCACUAUAUGUUACAGUUUGUAAUAGCCAUUUGUAUAUGUCCAACCAAAGUUAGACUCCAUUAUACAACAAUCCUGGACAUCGGCGCCAGUCGACGAUGUUAAUGACUUUACGAUAAUGUGGUUUAAGGGUAUAAACGAGUGCCUUCAUAAAUCCAGCCUUCAUUGGAAUGCAGGAUUGUUGAUUGAAAGAGGAACAUGACACAACACACACGAACGUUCGGUUUUAUUUUUAAUUUGUGAGGUGAAUCGUUACAUUAGCUAUAUCGGGCAACCCGCGUUUAGAGUCGCUGCGUAUUCGAACGCUCAUCACAUUUUCCACCAAUCAGAUGCUCGAUAGAUGAUAGACGUGUUACAUUUAUCUAAUGAUUUGAUUGGUGUGAAUUCUGUGUUUGAAUGCACUGUGAGAUAUAGGUGAAACAUUUUACCCUGACUUUACUUUCACUGUGUUUGUGCAGUUUCUAUGAGUAUUCUUCCGCUUAUUUAUAGACACUAUUUGUAUAUUUGUGUGUAUAUAAAUAAGUUCAAUAUGUGAAUAUGUUUCCGCUAGGUUAAAAUAAUUCACCUAUAUCAAUACAACAAGGAGUCCCUACGUUUUUGCACAAAUCGAUCUGACAAGCGCACACAAUUUCAUUUGCGGAUUUGGAAACAACAUUUUUCCUUGACGAAGAAUUAUUUUGUAAAUAUUUCCAAAAAGCUAAAUUUAAAUUAUAAUAACCAUUUUUUGAACAACUUUCCGAUUUCUUAGUCAAGGGAAUAUGGCAAACAUAACUUUCAGUUAAAUUUAUUUAAAAAAAAUCUAUUUAAAAAAUCUACGUAUUUGCUGAAGCUAUUGCGACGUGAGACCUCCAAAGUUGUAGUUUUAUAUUUCUGAAUAGGUUUUUAUUUAAUUAAGGACAGCUAAAAUAGUUAAAAAUAACAACAUCGAGAAUGGGCUUGUGGUGUGGACAAUUUUUAGAUGAAUUUGCUAUUAGGUGGUACACGUAUGUUAUAAUAAUAUAAUUAUACAUCAUAUUAUAAAUCGCGCUGAUAUUUGGAUUUGAUCCACGAAACUUAAACUUAAUUAAAAAAAUAUUGUAUAUAACCUUAUUGAUUACGAUCGCAUUGUUAAUGGAUUGUUAACGACUUAAAAUUAAUGAAAUAAAUUAAUAAAAUAUAAAUUCCAUUGUAUAUAGUGGGCUCAAGGCGCGUUGCAUUUAGUCUUAACUAUCACUUCCAGUGACUUAACCAGUUUUUUGUAAGGAUAAAUUAAUUUAAAAAAAAAUAAACGAGAAACUCGACGUUUAAGAUAUUGCAUAGUGCCUUAAGCUUACGAAUGUAAACAUUACAGGUCGCUACAUAUUAUAUCGAAACAUACUUUUAAAUCUGUAAUCUAAAGCGCCGUUUCCACGAGCGGGCCCGUCGCUGCGUUAUUAAAUUAAAUACUCCCAAAUAAAGAUUCAACUGACUUUGACGAAUACAACUCCGUUAACCAGUCCCUGUAGAUUUACCAAAAUUGCACGAAGUCAGAGAUCAAUACUGAUUUCAAUAUAAAACCUUGCAUUAAAAAAAAUACUUCUAUAAUAAUAUUAAGCCUCGAUAGUUCAAUAAUGGUUUGACUGAAAGUGAAAAUUAAAUUGUCCCAGGCUUUAAAUUGUCUCAUAUUCCAAGAACGUUUUUUUGCUUUUGAAGACUAAACAAAAUAUAUGGCAGUACAACGUAAGCGGGUGGAACGUGGCGACAAACUCGCUCGUGGAGACGGCGCCUAAAGGCCGGGAGUAGUUCAAUGUAACGUAUACAAUUUAUUUAUGAGAGCAUAUAUGUUGAUAAAAAUUCGUGUAUAACAAAAACAGAAAUUACUGUAUCAAGUCGCAAUGAUUUUUCGUUUUUGCCAUCAUCUAAUAUGGUUAUUUCAGAGCAAUAAUGUUAUAUUCACUGUAUUUUGUUAAAAUGUCCAUGUUAGAAACAUAAUAUUACCCUGCUGAGCAAUGUCCGAUAUUUCAAUAAGUGUUGCUCUUAUAAUAUGCAAAAACUAUUUUUAAGUACUUAACUUUUAUCAGGAACUCUAAUACAAUGGAUUUUACGGAGGUGUUAAACAAAUCUAUCUACAUUAUAUGUUCUAAGUUAACUUAUGGAAAUUACCUUAUAGUUGUGUCUUUCUUGAACCAGUAAUUGCUCGUAUCCGUUCCAUUGGCUCAUCGAACUGUUACAUUGUACUCCCGGCUUCACAUGGAAGCUAACUUGGCUGGAGUGUCGUUAUGAUAGCAACUCGAUUGUAACAUUGUCACAGACACUCCACCGCUCCGUAUACAGAACAUUUAAGAUGUACCUAUGCAGCAAAGACGUACCGCCAAGCGAUUUAGCGUUCCGGUACAAUGCCGUGUAGAAACCGAAAGGGGUGUGGAUUUUCAUCCUCCUAACAAGUUAGCCCGCUUCCAUCUUAGACUGCAUCAUCACUUACCAUUUGUAAGAGAUUGUAGUCAAGGGCUAACUUGUAAAGAAUAAAAAAAAAAAAAAAAGAUACCCCGGCGUGGAGACGCCAUUAAUGUUAAGGGCAGCUAGAGUGAGAUGAGGGCGCGUUGGCGUGGAGUGGCUGUGCUAGGUGUCGCACAACGUCGCCUCGCACGGCGUUCCUUGCGGGCUUUGGUCUAUUCGUUAUGCAUAUCAUGGGUGUUCGCUGUGACGUUCGAUAUCGCACUCGUAAUUGCAUUUUGUGACGUCAUUAAUGUAAUUAAUAGAAUGACACUAUCAGUAACAGUUUGUACCAGUGGCGGAUUUGCAAAUUUGCCGCCAGUAGGCUGUUGAAUUUUUGCAGUCCCUACUGAACUUUGAAAUUCGAUAGUAUCCUAGUUUGCAAUCAAUACAAUUGUCUAAAAUUGUGUCAAUAAAAUUGCAAUUUUUAAUAUUAUUAUGUGUAGUAUACAGGACGUACAGGACUAAAAUAUUAACAUUAUAGUUACAUUCCUUUUAUUUCUGUAGAAGAUUCUAAGUAAGAUUCUAUAAUAGUUUUCCUGUAAAGAUAAUUUGAUCCAUCUGCUUGAUCACCAUCCAUUCGUUUGAAAAUUAACAUGUUAUUACAGUGGCGUAGCGUGCCUUAAAGGGGCCCUGUUUCAAAGUUAGAUGUAGGGGCCCUAAAUGAAAAGUAAUUUCAUACAAUAAAUAUGACAGUGACUUUUUAACCUAUACUUUGUACCUAUACUUGUACUUGUACUUUAUACUUUGUACUUUUAAUUAUGUAGAAUGUUUCCAACUUUUGCUUAACACGGGAUAAAAAGAGAUUGCUUUUUUUACUUCACAAUUUCUGGAGUGAAACUCCAAAAGAAGAUUAUUUUUCGGAAAGCACCAGAUUCAGUGAAAUUCUGAAUAAAUUAUACUCAUUUUUGCUUGCACAUGUUAAGACCCCCUGUAGUCUGGGGGCCCCAUAUCAUUGAUACGGCUGAUACGGCGGUAGCUACGCCCCUGUGUUAUUACUUAAUAUAAUAAUAGUGACGUCACACAAUACAAAUAGCGAGUACUUGUCAUAGAGAAACAGUAGGUUUUACUCGUUAACAGAUAUGAAGUAGGUAGGGCGUAAAACAUUUGGUUUUAACAAAUAUAAAUUAUGUUGGAUAACUUUAAUUGAAUUCAAUUCCAUUCCAUUCAAUUGCAAUAAUAUGACAACACAAGAUGGUAUGAUGAAUUUGAUUUGAUUGUAAAAUUUAAAUAUAUUGCUUAGUUCCUUACCGUACGACCGACUUUAUUAGUUACUGCGACAAAUAAAUGAAAAAACUACUGUAUAUAAUAAAUGCAAUAAAUACAAUACAGUCCUUGUUAUCGUAAAUAGGUAAUUCCAAAUCUAAUUGUUAAGUAAUUAUGAAGAUUAGAUUUGAUAUUGAUAUUAAAAUAACAUUUCUAUAAUGUGAGAUAAAAUAUAAGUAAUUGUACCGCAGGUACUUACUGGUAAUAAUUUUGAUUCAAAUUCGAAUUUCGUUUAAUCAGUUGAAUAUAUAUGUUUCUUUUUGUUAGGUAUUUUUAUACAUUUUUAUAAAAUACAUAACAUUUGUAACUUAUAGGGCCGGUUGUACAUAAAUAAUAAAUUGUAAUAAUGGUAAAAAAAAUAUUUAUUCAUUGUCUCUGAGAAAAGUUAUUCCAAUUAUACAAAAAUCGGCACUGUUGUUCUGUGACAUUUCAAUUGUAACUAUGGUUUAAUUGUAUUGGCUUUACGAGUCUAGAUUUUAAGCCUGACGGUUUGGAUCUAGAUUUUAUUGAGUUCCUAGGUUCAAUCCCCAAUAUUGCAUUUUUAUCGUACUCCUACCCUACUCCUAACGUAGGUUUUUCUUUUAUGGAGAGGUAAGGAUAAGUCAAAUGUUAUAUUAUGAAACAAAUAUUGUCCAUGUUGGAUUAUACAAUACAGCACACAAAUUGUAGUUACGAUUUCAAUGUCAUAUAAUCAGAUCCCAGUGCUAAAUACAGAACACAGACUAUCUGUCCCAAAUGCUUGUGCUAAUCCGGACAAGCUCUUAUUAUUAUCAGUAUUUGUUAUUUAUUAUUUUCUCCACCUGACUAAGGCACUUUACCUCAUUUUAGUGAUUAUGUUAUUCGUUAAUUGUGGACUGAUAAAAUAAUUUCCAAUCGAUGUGUUCCUCGUGUGAGUGUGCGUGUUGUGUAUAGUGUCGGGGUGGCGUUGUGCUAUCUAUAUGCUCAGUUUAGAUACAAACUCACCAAACUAUUAAGAUAGUGGUCCCAGUUCGGCUGUACACAGAUCUCUUCAACAGUGGCGUAGCUUACUUUGGAGGGGCCCUGUAUCAAAGUUAGUUCGGGAGCCCAUUAGACGAGCCAAAUCCCAAAAAUCUUUUGUUUUUUUUUCUCCGGGAGGCAACAAAUUAAGUGAGAUUGUGGUUUAAAUUUUAUAGUUUUUGCUUUCAGACCUAAGGGGCCCCUAAAGUAGCCCGAGGGCCCCGUAUCAUUGAUACGGUGGUAGCUACGCCCCUGUUCUUCAAGUUUUAGAUUAGUUAACUCAAUUUCCACACUCAAAAGUAGUGCUUUCGUAUAUCGGAAUGUAUUAUAAUGUAGAGACAGCACUACUUUAAGUUUGUCAAUUUAGUGUAGGUCAGCGUUUUGUGUACAACCGGAGUAGCACCAGUGUAUAAUUUUAUAUUUAAUUUAAUGAAAACCGAGUACCUAUUAAUAAUAAUUUUAAUAUUUAUAUUAUUAAAAAAAAGUUACAAGAAUUAGCAAAAAAAAAAUAGUUUUGAAUAUCGAUGUAUCCUAAAAAUAACCCUUGUUUAAAUAUAUUUUAUACCAAGUUAAUAAAAACAAGGUCUAUAACGUUCUUAAAAUAAAAUUUGUUUUUUAA